GUGGGACCAAAAAAGAUAUUAUCUUCACUUGAGAAAUAAAGAUAGAGGAAGUUCAGAAUCCCUCAAUUUGGGGUGUUUCCCAUAGUGAAAAUACGUCUGGACUUGAAGAAGGAAUGGGGUUCCUUUGGACUUUUGGUUUCCUUAUCUUGCCAGCAGCAUUCUCACAAAGCGCAAACCCUGAACCAUGCUGUGAAUGCAAAGCAAACGUAUGCCCUAUCGUUCUUGGAACGCCUGGGAGCAAUGGAUUACCAGGUCCAACAGGACAGAAGGGUGAUCAAGGAUCACGGGGAGUACAGGGUCCCCCAGGAAAAGCUGGCCCCCCCGGCCUUAAAGGAGACAAGGGGCUAGUCGGUGAAAGAGGACCAAAGGGAGACCAUGGAGGAAGAGAACUUCAGAGCUUGGAAUCUGAAGUGGCCACCUUGAAAGAGCAAGUGCUGGCUUUGAGAAACACUGUCCUCAAAAACCAAAAAGCUUGUUUAUUCCCAAAUGGCCAAAGUGCUGGCGAAAAGCUAUUCAAAACUGAUGGCUCCGAAGGUACCUUUGAGACUUCCAAAGCGACCUGCCUCCAGGCUGGUGGUCAGCUUGCUUCCCCAAGGAGUUCUGCGGAGAACAUAGCCAUCCAGCAAAUAGUUGUUCGUCAUAACAAGGUGGCAUAUCUGGGAAUGAAUGCCUUGCUGUCAAAAGGCACGUUUAAACAAAUAAAUGGUGAUGUGAUAAGCUACAUAAACUGGGCGAACGGAGAACCAAAUAAUUCUGGAGGGAAAGAGGACUGUAUCGAAAUAUAUCCGGAUGGCAAAUGGAAUGACAAGGCCUGCUCAGAAAAACGAUUAACUGUGUGUGAAUUUUAAUUCUCCUUGUAACUGCAACCUUCUGCCCAGUUGCAACACAUGUAAAAUCAUAAAAUCAAUCAUAUUUAGUAAUAUGUAACGGUAGCCCUGUGAUUGGAUUAGACCCACGGCAGCCUGGGUUCUAUCCAUUGGCCCCCAGCAUUCCUCCUGAUCCCAAAGACCCCACAUGGGCAUCUCAGCUACGUGGACAACGCAGGACAUCAUCUCCUUAGGUUGCUCCUCCUCACUGUUCAGGGCCACUCAUAUUUUGGCAGAGCCCACGUUUUAGAGAGUAACACAACUCAGGCACUCAUUCUGAGAUACAUCAUCCACACUAGCCUUUUUGCCCACCACUGUACUGUCUUGCUCAUGCUGAAUCCACACAAUAAUAAAAUUUCCUGUGAUUUCCA